AUGAGUGAAAUUUUUACACUUCAAUAACUAGCAUAAUUGCAAAGAAAUUUUGUUAAAAGAAAAAUCUAAAUCAAUUUAGAAUGUAAAAAAUAAUUAAAGCAAAUAAGAGACCAAAUAUAAAGUAAUUGAUGAGGCAGUUUAAAUACUGGAAUGGAAGACCACUCCAUCGGAAUUUGAAUGCCAUAUCUUUUGGAAGGAUACUUAUGUAACAGAUGAAGAAUAUCGUCGUUUGUUGCCUUAUUAGAGAAUCAAUCAUUUUCCAGGAUCAUACAUGUUAGGAAAAAAGAAUGAAUUAUGCAGAAAUUUAAAUAAGAUGCGUAAACAAUAUCCUUAGGAUUACGAUUUCUACCCAAAAACAUGGCACUUACCUUAUUAAAGCGAAGAAUUAAGAAAUAAAUAAGGAACAGGAAUUUUUAUAAUAAAACCAGAAGCUAAUUGUUAAGGAAGGGGAAUAUUUUUGACAAAAAAAUUAGAUUCUUUUUUGGAUAAGCAUUAUGUAGUAUAAGAAUAUAUAAGUAAUCCUUAUCUAAUUGAUGGAUUGAAAUUUGAUUUAAGGUAUUAAUUUGAAAAGAAUUUUAGAAUAUAUGUUAUGCUAAAAUCUAUAACUCCAUUAAAAAUCUUUAUGUAUUAAGAAGGAUUAGCAAGAUUUUCAACUAAAAAGUAUGUAAGACCUUAAAAGAAGAAUUUAAGUAGUGUAACUAUGCAUUUAACAAAUUAUGCAAUUAAUAAAAGAAGUAAAGACUUUGUGUUUAAUGAUGAUACAAAUAAAGAUGAUGUUGGUCAUAAAAGAUCACUUUCUUCAGUAUUUAAAGUAAUUUUAUAUAUUAUGUAAAAGUACUUAAAAGAUUAGGGUCAUAAUGUAGAAUAAUUGAUAUAAUAAAUUAAAUCAGUGAUAGUAAAGACUAUUUAAAGUGUAUAAGCUGAUUUAGCACACUUGUAUAGAUCGUAAUAACAUAAUGCUGAUGGAAUAGAAUAAUGUUUUGAAUUAUUUGGUUUUGAUAUUCUGUUAGAUUCAAAUCUCAAACCUUGGUUACUUGAGGUUAAUCAUACUCCUUCAUUUUCUACUGAUACACCAUUGGAUAAAAUCAUAAAAAAAAAUUUAAUUUUAGAUACAUUAAUUUUAUUAGAUAUUAGAAAUAAACCCAAGAAAAAUUAUUUAGAUUAGAAAAGAGCUCCAACAUUUUAAAGGCCUCUUAAAAUGAGUUAAGAUGAAAAAGAAAAAUAAUUAAAUAAAGUAGCUAUUUUUGAAAAUAAGCAUUUAAAUGGCUAUCUUAGAGUUUACCCUGAUGAAGUAUAUUUAUAACUAAUUCAGAUAGAAUUUUGAAUAUUUUGAAUAAUUUAUGCCCCCUAAAUAAAAAGAGAAAGAAACACAAAUAUUAUAGCUAUAAUUUGAAAUUACAAAGCCACCUGAAAAAAUUUAGAAACUCUAAACAGAAACUCGACCUCCUUUAGGUAAGGUUCCUAAAAGACUUUCAACAAAUCAAUCAUUUAGUGAAUUAGAAGGCUAAUAAAUUUAGUAAUUAACAAUGAGGAAUGUUGUUGCUCCUUAAACUAGAACUUCUUCUUAACAAAGACCUUUUAGUAGUAUAGCUACCAUAAAUCGACCAGUUAGUGCUAUCAGAAAACCUUUAUAUGGAACUUAAAUUUAAAAUCCUAAUUAAUCUUCUAAUUAAUAAAAAUUAAUAUAUCCUCCUCCUAUUGAAUUACCACCAAGACCUGUCUUUAAAAUAAUUCCAAUAAAGACUUUUAGUUUCUAGAAAAUAGAAAAUACCUAAAAAAAUGAAUGA